AUGUCUCCCCUGUUUGAGGAGCACAGUUGGGUGUUUCCGUGUGGGACGCUGUGGGGCCUGCGGUGCCAGACCCUGGAGGAAGGGUUCACUGAAGUCCAGGUGUCCCCGGGCACACACGCGCAGGACAUCCAGUGGGACCUGCAAAACUGGCAUGUGGCUCUGGCCUUGGGUGGCCAAGAGAUCCUCAAGGGAAAGUUGUUGGAUUCUACAAUUUCUGAUCAAGGAACAUGGACUUGGGAGGAUAGAAAAAUGGUCCGCAUUGUUCUGACAAAGACCAAGAGAGAUACUUCAAAGUGUUGGACUUCUCUUCUAGAAUCUGAUUAUGCAGCUGAUCCCUUGGUGCAAGACCAAAUGCAGAGAAAACUUACAUUCGAGCGAUUCCAGAAACAAAGUCCUGGUUUUGACUUCAGUGGAGCAGAAGUCUCAGGGAACUACACAAAGGGUGGACCAGACUUCUCAAACAUUGAGAAAUGUCUGCGAUUCUUUAGAUUUGUUCCAUCUUGUGGAUCCCAGCAGGUGCUGGCUACUUAA